AGUACCAGCUGGAAGGGUCAGUGCAGUUUCCAGCUACAUACAAUACAACUUUCCUAGAUCAGCUGUCAUUUGACGAUUUUAAGAUGACUGAGGAAGAUUCCAGCGCGUCUGUGGACGUUGUUGUCAUCGGUGGGGGUCUGUCUGGACUCAGUGCCGCGUACCACCUCUCUAAACGGGACAGUUCGUGUAGAGUUCUGGUUCUAGAGGCCAAAGGUCGUGUUGGAGGUCGGACCCAGACUGUACCAUUGCAGGGAGCGGGGGGACAGGAUACCUGGGACUUGGGUGGGAUGUGGGUAGGCAGAACCCAGGUUCACAUACUGCAGCUGCUGCAGGAGCUGGGCCUGCAGACGUAUCCGCAGUACACCCGCGGCCACGCAGUCAUGCAGCUGGGCUCGGCCGGCACGGUCGCCAAAUAUCGCGCUGACUCCUCUAUUCCUAACCUCCCACUCCUCAGUCUGAUCGACCUGCAGCUGUUCAUAUGGAAGGUGGAGAGGAUGCGGAAGCUUGUUCCCCCAGGUGACCCCGCCAGGUGUCCACACGCCCGUGAGUGGGACAGCAUGACAGUGGAGACCUUCAUGCAGAAACACCUGUGGACUCAGGCUGCCAAGGAUAGCGUGGAUGUUGCCUGCUGGAUAGUGUACGGUACAGAUGCCAGUAGACUGUCCCUGCUGUACUACCUGUACUACACCAGCUGUGCAGGUGGCCUGUAUCCUCUGGUGGAGACAAGCAAAGGCGCUGGGCAGGAGUUGAAAAUAAAGGGAGGAGCCCAGCAGGUUUGUGAGUUGAUGGUGGGGAAGAUUGGCAGGCAGAACGUGUGGUUGAACCAGCCCGUCACACACAUCUCACAGCAGGCUGACGGAGUCACAGUCACCACGGCUACAGGCAAGACAGUUCACGCACAGAGAGUCAUCUGUAGUAUUCCACCACAUCUAGCAGGUAGGAUAGAGUACUCUCCCCCUCUGCCCAUGGAGAGAGACCACCUGACACAGAACAUGCCUGUUGGACACACCAUCAAGUAUGUGGUGACAUACCGGAGGGCUUUCUGGAGGGACAGAGAUUUCAGCGGUGAGGUGGUGGCCUUUGACAGGACUGCUGAUGUAGAUGGUUGUGACACAGGUCCCAUACAGAUUGCCUACGAUAACACCUCAGGAAAUGGCAACCCUGCCCUGGUGGCAUUCAUGUGCGCAAACUACGCCAAACAGUGGGCCAGCAGAAGUGCAGAACAGAGAAAAGCUGCUGUUCUUAAGAAAUUUGCUGAAUACUUUGGGGAGGAGGCAAAUGAUCCGUUGGACUUUGCGGAAAAGGACUGGGGUACAGAGCCCUACAACGGUGGAUGUCCAGUUAAUAUCAUGGUGCCAGGACUAAUCACCAGCUUCAUCCCAGCACUCAGGAGACCAUGUGGAAGAAUCCACUGGGCCGGGACAGAAACAGCCUCUUUGUGGUGUGGCUUCAUGAACGGUGCAGUGCAGUCUGGGAUACGUGCGGCGGUUGAGGUUCUCUCUACAACGAACCCCCAGCUUUUGACCAAAGCCGACCGGCAGGAGCUAGUCGCUGUGCCACACGAAGUAGAAACUCCCGCGAGGGAAGCACAUAGAAAGAAGAGGGGAAGAGUUGGUUCUGUGUUGGUCGGGGCAGGACUUGUAGUCGGUACAUCUCUGGCAGUUUAUUACUACAUCAAAACUUGAUGAAUCAUGAAAGUUCAUCAACUGUGUUGAUAGUUACAUGUAUAAAGGUACAUUUAAA